GCGGUGGGACCCUGCAGCAUUUGGGCGACGAGGCUUCUUGUCGCCCCUACUGUGUGCUUGGCCAAUGGGCGCGUCGAGGGGGAACUUAGGGCCGCGUGGAGGGUUGUGUGGAGACGUCUGCGUGAAGUCAUAAAUCCCCCUCCCACCCGCAACAACAGCCCACUGCCAAACCCCAAGUCAGAACGUUGUCCGGGGCACCUUCAAGGGCUCGUGAAAGGUGGUCUCCUGAGAGGAAUACAUGCUGGUGAAGCUCUGAGAGGAAGGAAUUUGAUGGCGAGCGCUUGGGAUGUACAGAACCGCACGGGCUCCUUCAUCCCGGCAGGCCCAGGCUCCGAGGCCAGGCCCCGCGCGAGAGGAGGGGGCGCAGGAGGAGGUGGAGGAGGGGGAGGCGGGCCACGCAAGGAGCGGCCCAAGAGCAGCGCCGGCCCCGAGUCCGCCGACAGCAGGCUCCACCGCAAGGCCCGCUCGGCCAGCCUGGAGGCCGGCACGCGGCCCUGGCGCGGUAGCGCCAGCGGGGAGUCGCCGGAGCCGGGCGCGGGGGGCGGAGCCCACGCGGAGCGCGCUGGGUCGGGGGCCCCGCCGGCCCGACCCGUGCGCAGCAGCACCAGCGGGGAGUCGUCUGGGCCCGAGAGGCGAGCAGCUGCAGCGGGGAGUCCGCGGGGCCCGAGCGCUCGGGCCGCGAGUCGCCGUCCUCAUCGUCGCGCCCGCGGUGCCGCCCGCUGA